AUCUACAAAUCCCUUCGCCCAAAGACACACCCUUCUACAGUCCUAUUCUGUUCGACCCAAAACAACAUCCAAGAAUCAUCAGAAACCAGUUCCCAAAAUGGUGGAAGAAACGGAGAAAUCAACCCAACCGGAGGAACCUGAGAAUUCCUCAUUAUCAUCAGCCACGGGACUCAAGGAAGGAGGAGAUGCCGCAGACGGGCUGGAGGAAGGUGAGAUCGAGGGAGAGUCCAACGAGAUGCCCAAUCCCGACAAGGGAUUGGCGGCAAAGCAUCCAUUAGAGAACUCUUGGACCUUCUGGUUCGAUAACCCCUCCGCUAAGUCCAAACAGGCUGCUUGGGGAAGCAAUAUGCGCCCCGUCUAUACUUUCUCCACUGUUGAAGAUUUUUGGAGUGUGUACAACAACAUUCACCAUCCCAGCAAGUUGGCAAAUGGAGCAGAUUUCUAUUGUUUCAAGCAUAAAAUUGAACCAAAAUGGGAGGAUCCAAUCUGUGCUAAUGGAGGAAAAUGGACAUUAACGUUUCAGAAGGCAAAAUCGGACACUCCCUGGCUGUAUACGUUAUUGGCAAUGAUUGGAGAACAAUUUGACCAUGGAGAUGAAAUUUGUGGAGCUGUUGUCAAUGUCCGAGCUAGGCAGGACAAAAUAUCUCUGUGGACCAAGAAUGCUGCUAAUGAAUCAGCUCAGGUAAGUAUUGGGAAACAAUGGAAGGAACUUCUGGACUACAAAGAAUCAUCUGGCUUCAUAUUCCAUGACGAUGCCAAGAAACUUGAUAGGGGCGCAAAGAAUCGGUACACAGUAUGAGUCUGACUUUUGAAAUCAAGUGAAUGUUGUCUGGGUAUUGCCCUGGGAAAUGUUCUUCUGAGUAUUUAUUUACACUGCAUCUUAUGUUAGUUGUUUAGUAGGAUUGCUUGGAGCUCUGUUUUUUUGUUCUUGUUUUGUUUUUGGUUGGUGGAAAUUAUAUAUUUACUUUAAAGUGUUGCUUUUUAAGUGUUCCUAUUUGGUCCUUUGGAAUGAAUUGCAAUGCUUAUU